CGUUGGGGCUCGGGGAUGAGGCGGCCCCAGCGCCGGGCAGAGCCUCCGCCCGCAGGCCCCGCGGAAACACCCGACGCUGCCGGCUCCUUACCCCGCCCGCUGUUUCAGCCACUCGCGCCAGGCCCCGCUAGGAGGGGGCGGGGGACCCCGGUCGCGGGCCUGGCCCCUCGCCGGCAACUGAGCCGAGCCGGGCCGGCGGUGCUGGGCUCCCUGCCCAGGGCGGCGCUAGUGACGGGGGGGAGGGGCUGUUCCCGGGAGGGGGAGGGGAAGCCCCUCCCUCACCUGAGCCCCGGCCGGCGGGGGCGGAGCAGCUGGCGGGGGGGGGGCGGCGCGGCGCUGCCGCUCCCGGCGGCUCCUUCGGAUCUGGCGCCGCAGAUUCGCCUCCUCCUCCCCGCCUCCUUUUUUGUGCAGGUGACGAAUGUGCCGGGGCUGCGCGAGCGGGGAGAGGAGCGGCCCGCCCGGCGGCUGGGGAGCCGGCGCCGCCCCGCCGCGAUGGAGAGGCCGGUCAGGAGGAAUAAGAAAAUUGUUGAUUAUUCACAGUUUGGGGAUUUUGAAAAUGAUGAUGAAGACUUUGCCUGUGUACCUGCACCUUUAAACAAAAAAUCUAGAGUAGUACCUACAGAGACAAAUAGGGAGAAAAAGGAGAAGCAGAAAAGGCCACACAAGGAGGUGACUACAGUGCCGAAGAAAACACCCAGUAAAAGGAUAGCCUUAGAUGACAAGCUUUACCAGAGAGAUUUAGAAGUUGCGUUAGCCUUGUCAGUGAAAGAACCAUCUGGAGACAUCCUUGAAACGCAAGAUUCACAAGAACAAGGCAUUAAAAAAUGUGAAGCUAUUGAAUUAGAAAAUGUAGACAGCAGUUCCAUCCUCUCCAACUGCAGUGCAGAUAGUGGUCUCUUAGGCCCCGAUCAGGUCACAGAUGACAAUGACAUCCCCACAGGUGGUUAUAGGCAAAGAAGAGCAGCAUCUAAAGCUGUGUCACAGCAGAAGUUACUGACAGAUGACAGUGAUGAGGGAGACCAUGCUGAUAACUAUGAGCCAGACUUUGUGUCUGAUGAGGAAUCAGAGGGUGGUUCAGAUUUCAGUGAGGAAGAUGAUGAAGAUUUUGCUGCAAAAAAGAAGAAAACUAAAGAAAAUAAAAGGAAAGAAAUUAAGUUAAAGGUCCAAACAGAAAAAGAAAAGAAACUCUCCAAAUCCAGAAUUAAUGCUACACUGGUUCCAUUAGUUUCUUCUCCACGGAUAAUCCAAGCAAAAUCUCAGUCAACAGUGAAGAAGACAUCAAGUUCUCCAGAACCUAUUGGAAAACCUUUAUACACAUCAAGUCCCUCAACAGACAAGAAGAAGCCCAAAUGGAUACCACCAGCUGCCUCAGGAUGCAGUAGUAACCCACUGGGAGGAAUUUCAGUUAAAUCACCUACUCAAGGUCUCAGACUUGGCUUGUCCAGAUUAGCACGAGUGAAACCACUGCACCCAACUGCCGCCAGCAGUUGAAUGAUCUAUGAAAGUGUCUCUCACUUGAAGGAUUACUGUUUAGAAAGAAGCUGAGUGUUCGGUGGGGUUCUUUUGUUUUUAAACAGGGUUGAAAACAAAUGAGCAGUAAACUAUUCAUUAAACUGUUCAUUCAGAGGGAGGAAAUUCUGUCAAUGUUGCUUGUCUGUUAUUAAGAAAGGGCCUUCAUCCCUCAAGGUGCAGUGUACCACCAGUGAAGUGCUGAGCACCUUUGGCUGCUGAAUAAUAUUACUUAAUCAAGGAGACCUCAGGUUGCUCAGCACCUUUGAUGGAUCAGGCCCAAAUAAAUUGAUUGUGUAUUUGAGAUUGUACCCUUAUGAUGUCUAUCCUCUUUUGAAAAAAAAAGGGGGGGGGGGAUUACAUUUUUAAAUUGCAUAAAAACAAUCUAAAAAGUAGUGUAUCAAUUAUGGAUCUAAAAAUAUAGAAUGGAUUCAUAAUGUAACCUUAAAGUUGCAGUUUUGAAUUCCCAGUUUUUAGUAUUCAUUCUGUUCAUAGUCCAAUUAAAGAAUCCCUUUAGUAAAGUGAAAUCAUUGUUCCUCCCAGUCCAGAAAAGUUGAUUCUCAAAUCUUUGUUAAAACUUACUGAUAUUUGUAUUCGUGUGGAUUUUAUUUCUAAGAAUGUAUAAUGUGCUGCUUAGAAAACUGUAUUUUUAAAAAAAGUAAAAUAAAAUAUACUUUAUAAACA